AUGGCGCUGCUGUUACCUGGGUUCCGGCCGCCGCGGGCAGGAGGGAGGCGGCGGCGGCGGUCCUCUCCCGCCCCUGGGCUCGGGCGAAGUCUGGGCCGCCGCCGCGGCCUGGCACAGGGCGCGCAGCGGGCUCCCUCCCGGCCGGGCCGCCGCCGCCGCCGCGGCCCCCGGCCUCCCUGCCCCUCCUCGGGGCCGGGCCGCCCUCCCCCUCCUCACGGGUCGGGCCGGCUCGAGCUCCCGGGCGGCCGACCCGCGGCGGGGGCCUCUCCCAGGACGGCACCGGGCUCUGCUCACCCGCCGCGGUGCCCACCCCUUCCCGCCCCCCGGGCGGCGGCCGAGCGGAGGGGAGGGCGACCGGGGCUUCGGGAGGAGAGCGAGCGGAAGCGCGGACUCCGCCACCCGGGACGCUCCGUUAAGGCGACGACGACCGGGGCCGUGUUGUUGCUGCCAACUUGUCGAGGGGGGCACUGGGCAUGCGCAAACGCAGACCACAUCCGGCAGGCCUCCUCUGUUUCUCCUCCCCCUGCUUCUAUCUCGGGGAUUCGGAGCACACUGCAGCGCGCAGGCGCGUGCUGGUCAGAUUGUUCUUUGGAGCUGAACGCCGCCCAGGGCUUCAGGCCUGAAGUAGGGAGGGCAAGUUUAAUGAAUGGAAGCGGAGGAGGCGCCGAACGCGAGGACGACUAG